UUUGGGAUUUUAAUAUCGAAAGCGAAAAUAGGAUAAUAUCAUAGAGGAAGAAAAUGUCCUCUCUAGCAAGAUCCUUUUCCACCAAUCAUGAUGGUGUGGAACAGAAAGUAAAAUACAAUGAGAGACACUCCAGGGACAAAAUCGAAUUUUUUUUGACAGAAUAUGGGAUAAGCUUUCCCAAUAGAAGAAAUGAUGUUAGAAAAGCUUGGGAGGAAUACAGAUGGUUAUUGAAGAGUGAAAAGACAUUGGCAUAUAAAUACCCAAAACAGUUUUUUGAGAGUUUAAAAAGGACAGAGGGUCUCAAAAAACACGGCAUGAUGCGGCUGGACGGAACGCCUCUGUCCAAAUUGAUAUCAAGCAGUAACUCACAAUGGAAAGCGGGAGCACAGAUUCAGUUAGAAUCUUUACAGGCCUCAGAUCAGCAACUCAUGCAGCUACAAAAAAACAAGUAUACUACUCCUGUUCAGGAAUCUCCAAGUGAUUCAGAUUUGGAUCUUUACCCAGAGGGAUGCAAUGAUUGUGGUAAACAGUCGAUUAUUAACCUUUUCGAUAUUGCCAAGGGAGAAGUCCAAGCUUUCCACAAAAGGGAAUAUGUAAAACUGGUUUGUAAAGAAGCUGCUCUCAAAAAGGAUUUUCCAAAGGAAUAUGAAGCAAAAAUUCAGCAAAUGUCACAAGAAGAAAACUUGGAGGAUUAUGUCUGGAAAAUACAAAACAAAGGGCCAUUAUAUGAAUUCAUCAAACUUUACACAAAGGGGAACUAUGAAGUUGUUGCUAAGUUAAGUUUACAUGAAUAUUACAUAUUAAGUACAGCGGAAGCAGUUCUUCAUGAAUGUGACCCGAAUUCUGAGUGGACUUAUCGAUAUCCUGAGGAUAUCCAGAAAUCUGCUAGUCAUCAGCAAGUGGAAUUUCCCAACCCAGUGACACGACAGGACAACCCAUUACACAGAAGUGUUCUAAAUCAACCAUUCAAGUUACAAGGUCCGGAUAUGUUGAAUAAAGCUGAAACUUUCCCAAUGCGAAGAAAACUCCAGGACACCACAGACACAGAGGCUAUGGAUGUUGAUCAAAUAUCUCUCCCCAAACGCAUGGAUGUAGAUAAGGUCUUGCCAAGACAGAACAGUUACCCAAGAAACGAGGGACAUAAAAAUGUACCAAGGUCUGAGCGUCAAGUGUUACAGAGACAGAAUAGUAAUUCGAAGAGUGAGGCUUUUGGAACACUUCCAGAACCAGGGGACCAAAGAGUUAGAGAUUGGAAAGGAGCAUACUCCGAUCUGCAUAAAUCCUGGACAUUUCAGGCCUCCCAGAUAGAGGAGCUCACAAAUAGGUUAAGCAGUUUUGCCAGCAAACAGUUAACAGAGGGAAAUUCAGCAUUUACAGAUCUCAGCGACAAAAAUAGACCAACAAAGAUCGGGGAGAGAUUUGGCCUGAUUUAUGAUGAUGAGUGGUCCGAGGUUUUCGAUGAACUCACCGAUGGUGGGUUUGAAGAACAUGAUAUCAUCUUAAAACUACAGCAAAUGAUUCAGUAUGGGUAUGACUUUUGCUUGAAGAAAGCUGAGGAACAAUUAUGUGACCUUGAGCACGCUAUGAAGAUCCCUAUUCUCCAGCCAUUUCAAACCAAACACACUCUGCGUGUUCCAAAUGAUAUGGUCAAGAUACUCACAUCAGCAACUUUAAAACAUGCGAAAGAGUACAGAAAGGUCACAGCUUCUAUUUCAUCUCCAGAAGUAUGCAAGGUAUUCUUUAAAGAGGAAUGUGAUUUUUUGGAAAGAACAUUCCAGAAGUGUGCUUUUGGGCAGAAGCUGAAGGUGUAUGUUGAAGCUUGCAUUGAGCAGAUGUGGCUGAUGUGUGUUCAGGACCCUCAGAUGACUAUACACAUUGCAGUACCCGGGACUCCAAUUGACAAAGACUUGUUUAAAUUCUAUAACAAGAAGGGGAAAACUGUGCAUUUGACGGUGUGGCCUGUCGUGUACCUCCAUAAAGAUGGACCCCUGGUCAGCAAAGGAUAUGUUCUGCCUAAAUAAUGCCCCCCACCACCAUUCUUGUCUUUUUCACUGAUGCAGUGUCCUUUAUAGCCCUCAAACAAAUUUGUCGUUAUUUAGCUCACCUGAGCCAAAGGCUCAACUGAGCUUUUCUGAUCAAUACUUUCCUUUGUUUGUCGUUGGCAUCGUUGUCAUAAACUUUUCACAUUUUCAUCUUCUUCUCCAAAACCACUGGGCUAAUUUCAACCAAACUUGGCACAUAGCAUCCUUGAAUGAAAGGGAUUCAAGUCUGUUCAAAUGAAGGUCCAUGCCUCCUUCAAAGGGGAGAUGAUCACAAAAAUGUAAUAUUAGGGUGGGUCAUUUAAAAAUCUUUUUAUCAAAAACCACUGGACCAGAAAAACUGAAUUUUACUUGAAAGCUUUCUGACAUAGUGGUGAUUUGAGUUUGUUAAAAUCAUGACCCCUGGGGGUAUGUUGGGGCCACAAUAGGGGAUCAAAUAUAUACAUACGGAUAUAUAAAGAAAAUCUGUAAAAAUCUUCUCAAGAACCACUGGGCCAGAAGAUGAAGAUUUUAUUGAAGGCUUCCUGGUAUAGAGCAGAUUAAAAUUUGUUCAGAUCAUGGCCCCCAAGGGUUAAGAGUGAGACCACUUUAGGGGAUCAAAGUUUUACAUGCUGAUGUAUAGGAAAAUUGUCUUAUCCAGAACCAUUGGGCCAAAUUCAAACAAACUUGAUAAAAAUCAUCUUUAGAUGAAGGGGAUUCAAACUUGUUCAAAUGAAGUGCCAUGCCCCCUUCAAAGGAGGGAUAUUCACAAAAAUGCAAAAAUAGGGUGGGGUCAUAUAAAAAUCAUCCUCUCAAGUACCACUGGGCCAGGAAAUUAAAUAUUUACAUGAAAGCUUCCUGACAAAGUGGAAAUUCAAGUUUUUAAAUAUCAUGACCUCUAGGGUUAGGAUGGGGCCACAAUAGGGGAUCAAAGGUUAACAUGCAAAUGUAUAGGGAAAACUUGGCACAAAUCUAUUAAUAUGAAAGGCCAUACCCAUCGACAAGGACAUAUGACAAUUGAUGAAUUUAUAGUCAAGUUUAAUAAUUAAGUUUGAUAAUUAAUGAAUUUUUAAUCGUUACCUUUGAAAAGUUUUCUCUGAUCCAAGCUGCUUGUAUAAUGAUAGUUUUGCUCAAGCUUGUAUAUUGCUAGGAACUGCUGCUUAGGUGAGCGAUGUGGCCAGUGGGCCUCUUGUUUAUAUAAUAUUAUGUUAUUAGCAUUUUUCUGCAUUCAGGCAACACUUUCAGGAAUACCACUGUAUGAUAACUUUGCGAUAACAAAGGACACUGAAUUCUGUGAAUUAUCUACAGGGUUAUAAAUAUUGAAUGAAACGCAGCUAUUUGAUGCAAUAGUAGUUUUUGCUUUUUUAUAAUUCUUAUUUAGGGCAAUCAUUCUAACAGAAUGUAUAUUUUGUUUUGUCUACAUAUUGUUACUAUUAUUUACAUAUGUAAAAUAUGCAACUUUCUAAAAUACUUAUAAAAGAGAUAUAUGAUGUAUUUCUGUUGCAGCAUGUUUGUUUGCAUUUGUGAAGUUUUGAUGCUUGAUAACGUAUGAUGUGCAUCACCUAAACAUUCUAAUUUAAAGAACAAGGUACGGUUGUAUACAUAAAAAGGCCCAAAAAAUUUCUCUCUAUAAAAUGUGUCUGGAAUUAACCUUAAUCAGCGUUUUAAGAAAGUAAAAUAAAUGCCAGGUAUACUAUGUCAACAAAAUCAGAAGGAUAGUCGUAAAUGGAUAUCAUUAUGACAUCAUGAAUAAGACAUUUCCCACCUUUUUCUCAAAAUAAGCCUGAAAACUGUCAAAUGUCAUACAAAUUAUUGCUCAGGAAAAGAUGUGCGCAUUUGUCGAGCAAAAUGAAAAUGAUAUAAAUUGUGUAUUAUUUUGAGAUGAAAAACAUGCUUCAAUGUGAAUUUACUCGACGCAUGCGCUGUAUGUUUUCUAAAAGGGAAACCACCUGAAUUUGUGGAUAUUUUCAUUGAAAAUGGCAUUUUUGCAAUUUUAUGCCAACUUCAAGCUCUCGUCAUAUGACACAAAUCAUUUUGCUGAUCAAACUGAGUGAAUUUUGGGAUUGCUAAACUAUUCCUUAAUUGAAUGCCAGGAUUUGAGCUCCAAGUGAAAUCAUCAAUAUUUUGGGCCAGAUGACUGUAGAAACUGUACCUACUUCUUUAUUGUAAUUAGAGACUUCAUUAGUGAAUGUGAAUCGCUUCACUGAAAGCAUGAAUCCAUUAUAAGCGUGUUUGCUGUAACCAGGUUUUAUAGUACUUUUGUUAGGAGGUGCGAAUAUUUACUUUGACGGUUUAUUUACAUUCACAACAGAACUGCAGUAUUGUUAUAGUAGCCUGUGUUUGUUUGUGGUUUUGUAGAACAACUUCAACAUUUCUUACACAAUUCAUCAAAAUCAAAGGAAUACCUUCCAAAGUGAUACAGGCUCCUAUCUCUAUCCAGUGAUUGGGGUUUCAGAAUUUCCUCUAUACCACCAUUUUAGUGUGUUUUGUAUCAGAUUUCAAUAUUUUGCAUGUUUGCUAUUUUUAGCAAAGAUCUGGGAUAUAUUUAGAGAAAGUUCAAAAAAUUAGUUUAAUAGAGAAUUUCCUAUUCUUGUAAAUAAGAUUGAAGUCACAUUUCUCAACUGAUUUUCAUGAAAUCAGAUGGGUGAAGGUCACUAGAAGGCAAAUAUUUACCACAUAUGUUAAUAUGGAUGCCACAUAUGUUGUUAAGGAUGCCACACAUGUUGAUAGGGAUGUCACAUGUGUUAAUAGAGAUGCCACACAUGUUUUAGGGGUGCCACACGUGUUGUAGGGCUGUCACACAUGUAGGGAUGUCACACGUGUUGUAGGGAUGUCACACAUGUUGUAGGAAUGUCACACGUGUUGUAGGGAUGUCACACGUGUUGUAGGGAUGUCACAUGUGUUGUAGGGAUGCCAUACAUGUGUUUAGAGAUGCCACAUAUGUUGGUUGGGAUGCCUCAUGUGGUGAUAGGGAUGCCACAUGUGGUGAUAGGGAUGCCUCACGUGGUGCCUAUAGGGAUGCCACAUGUGGUGAACUAUUUGUUUCUAGGCCAGAUAGGGGCUGAACUCACAGUGUCUUUCUAACUGAUUGAAAAUUUUCAAGGAAAUUAUUGUUAAACUCUCCACAUUUACAGAAAACAACUGAUAAAACCAUUGUUGGUAAAUAUUGAUAAGAUCUAGUCAGGGGAGGACAGCUAGCAGCUACUGUAAUCUAGAGGACAAACAUAAUAUUGAUAAGAUCUAGUCAGGGGAGGACAGCUGGCAGCUACUGUAAUCUGGAGGACAAACAUUGGUUUAUGUAAUUCAGUGGUGGGUUGUUUUUUUUUUUUUAAAGUACUUCUUUUGUAUUGUAUAUAGAUUCAUUGAACUUGUAUAUCUAUUUAUAUUUUUGAAUAAAAAAAUAUAUUGUGAAACUGGAACAGAU